ACAGGGGUAUUGCCUCCGUUUGUACCUUUUGCGCAAGCAUUUGCAGCUGUACUCACAGCUGUUCUUACUGGUUCUCUCUAUUAUGUGGCUGCCUCGCCCAAAGAUCCCACUUAUGUUGUGGCACCUGUUUUGCAAUCUCGCUCGCACCGUCAAGAUUUGAAAAAGCUGUUUGAAGCAUGGUAUGAGAAGCGCCAAAUGAAAAAGAUAUAUUCCCCUCUUCUUGAAGGACUUUUUGCCCUCUACUUGGGUUUUGAAUGGAUUCAAACAAAUAACAUUCUAGCUCCCAUUAUCACACAUGGCAUAUACUCAACGGUUAUAUUGGGACAUGGCCUUUGGAAAAUUCAUGACCACCGGCGUAGACUACGGCAAAGAAUCCAACAGCUCAAAUCAGAAGAAAGAUAUUCCAAGUAGAUUUUGA